GGGAGUAGUGCUGGCUUGUCCGAUUUUUCUGUUGUCGCCUUUUCAAAACUGUCAGCUCAGCUGAUGUUUCUGUGAAGCGCUGGAACUACUGACACGAUGCGAAAAAGUAAGUCGUUAGUUGUGAGUACUCAUAGUAUUCCAGUCCGGAGCGCUUCACGAGCUGUUCCAAGUCUCAGGAAGUAUCGCUAGAAGAAGACAGUUCAUUAGGCAUCGUCACACUCGAACGAAGAUCUCUGCGGUGCCGGCAAGAGAAGGCGCAGGCGGAUACGUAACGGUAACAUAGAGCCGGAGUCGUUCAAAUCACCCGCCCGUUCACGUACUCCACGCCGGUGUCGGGGAUUUGGCGGCUGUUUGCUGGCCAGCGGACGAAUGACUUUCUCCCUGCAUGUAGCGCGCCAGUUGGACGAUGCCAGGCAAGAGCAGUAGCGGGCAGCUAUGCAGUGACUGCGCCGCUGCUGGUUUGCCGGCGCUGAAGGCGGCAGCCGAGGGCCAUGUGAAGUGCUUGAGCAGAGCGUUCGCCGCCGACAGGCAGCGGAGCCUGGCAUGCGAUAGCAAAGGCGCUACAGCGCUGCACCUGGCUGCGCGUGGUGGACGAUUGGAAUGCGUUACGUGGUUAUUGGCCAAAUCAGGAAUCCCGGUCACAGUCAAGGCAAAGAAUGGUGAAACACCGCUACACUUGGCCGGAGCUGCAGGUCACAUUGGCUGUUUGCAAUAUCUGAUCACAUACGACAAGAAAGCGGUGUAUUCAGUGGACCGCUAUGAGCAAACUCCUCUCCAUUUGUCAGUACUGCGGGAAAGGUUCACCUGCUCUAAGUGGCUGAUUGAGAUUGCGAAGGCAGACCCUCUUGCCAAGACUGCAACUGGUGCAAUUCCAUUACACUUUGCAGCUGCUCAGGGUAAGACCUGGGAAGCCAUCCUUUGUAAAAUGAUAAAGCCAGCGAGCCAUUACGAGUCGACACUGGGCGGCUCCACGUGCUGUUAGCUUUGUAGAUAGUCACGUUACUUAUUGCUUGACGUCUAUCUUGCUGGCAGUCACCGCCUAUGCCGUUUGUGCCUGUUUAGCUCUCGAUCCAUCCAUCUGUGUCAACCCAUGGACCAGUGGCAUAGUAAUCAGGCAUGGGGGAAUAGUUCACACAACAGGCUUGUACAGGGUGUAUGGUAACUUUCAAGUUUGAACUUUCAUCUAUGCUUGUUUGUGCAACCGAUGUUCUUCGAAGUGUUUCUUUCACUGAAUUAUUAUCAUCUGCCUGCCUCUCCCUGUCUCUCUC